AUGGCGUCGCCGCUCCCCAACCGCGAUGCGACCCCUCGACCCUCGAUAUCUCCUCUGAGCGCAAAGGCCUCGCCCGUCGCCAUACGAGACUCUACGAUACCACCACCGAGUACGAAUCCUCUACCCGAAGCACACACCACUAUCGCCGGCAUCGGCGACGAGGACGACCGAUCGAGCAGUCUGAGCGACCCACUGGACGACGAUGAGGUUGAGCUACAGCAGGACGGUGCGCGAUCAGAACAGCAGACUACCGCGUUGCAAUCGCUAGAGGUCGACUCAGAAGCAGAGACGGAGCGACUGGAUCAGACGCCACAAAGGUCGCAAAAGCACACAGAAACUACUGGCAGGACACCGAGCAAGCUCGUUCAUGCUUCGAUAGCCGACGAUGACCUUUCAGAUCCCCCCUCGCCAAUUCCAGCUGGACCAGACGCCGCUUCUAGCACCAGCACGAUUGAGACUACAGGCAUGAAGCGAAAACGUUCGAAUACCGCAGAGAGCUCAUUAUCGAGUGCUGAUUCAGAUCUGGCCGAGUCACCGCGCAAGAGAAGCCAUAGCUCGACCGCGAACGAUACAGAAAUGCACCACAAGGACGCGGAUGAAGCAGUGCAAGAACAGCCAGAAGCCGACGAGUCAACUGCCACAAUAGAGAUCGCCGACCCACAAGCAGACGAUACGGCACCGGUCGCAGCCACGAAAGGUGUGAAGGGCAGAAAAGGCGGCAAGCUUAAGGGCAAGGCGAAGAAAGAUGUCGCGAAAGAGCCUGAACAAGAGCGGACCACGGAGACAGUACAACCAGAGGAAGAGCCAAGCGCAGAAGCGAUAGCGAAGACAGCCGAGGAGACCAAGCACAAAAAUGCAGCUUCUACCGCGUUCGAGGACCUAGCCAAGCAAUUCUCGACAUAUCGCGAAAAGAAGAACAACGAGAAGCUUGCAGCUGUCAAUGCCGAGCUCGAGAUGUUGAACCAGAAGGAAUGCCAACAUCCUGAAUAUCUACGACAGAUGGCUUGCGUGGAUGCCCGUCGCGACAAGCAGAUAAGAGAAGCAAAGGCCUUUUGGAAGUUUGGGCGCCAAAGUCUGAGCCGCACGACACUUGGUGAACGCAGCCAGCUGCAUAGUCAGUACUUUCAGUGGGCACGCGAUUGUCGCGAGGAGUUCAUGUAUAACCUUGGCGAGGAUUGGUACAACAUCCAGAAAGAGCGACGGCAGAGCAGCCAAGAGGAGGAUGAGAAGUACAUCUACAUGUUCCCAACGAAGAAGAGCGCGCAGAUCAAGCAACAGGCCAAGUACAACCAGGAGGUGUCGGUACUGAGCGGUGUCGCCAAGUAUGUUGGCUUCCCAGCAGCGCCAGAGAUCGCGGGCGCAGAAGGAGCCGCAUUGGAGGACGACUUGAGAAUUAUGAAGAUCUCGAAACGCGUCCCUCAAACAACAGCACAUCCCCCGCCAGUAUACUUCCCGAACCGGACGGGUCUGAUACAAGGACAAAGCGAGAGAUUGGCGCACGAGCAGUUUAUCGAACAAAAUGCGUGGGCGAGGCCGCAAGGGCCUAUUCAGCACCAUGGCACACUAAACCUAACGCACACACCAGAUUGGGCUGCAGAACCUGGCGCUAACGCGAAGCACCUUGUGCGCAAUGUCGGUGGCGCGAUGCAGCGAACGGGCAGUCCUUUCGCAACGCCCAUGCCACAAAGGCGAGCCGCAAUGGAACAGAACUCGAGCUCUGGUACAGUCGUGGUGAAUAGUGAUCAGGCAGAUGCACCGUCCAGCGUGCUGGCAGCCCCACCGACCACAGAUCGACUUCAGCAUGCGCAAUUCGGUCGCGACCAAGGAUCACCUCUGGCCAUUGGCAAGCACCGACAGAACGGUGGUGAGCGAGAAUUGGCAGGCUUUCGAAACAUCUCAAACAUCUCAGGAGCGAGCACAAUCGAUGCACCACCUGACUCUGCCGAACGAGCAAGAGAAGCAGCCAAAGAGGCGCUCGUUGGCAUGUCAAGGGCCCCACCGGUUCCACAGCAUACAUUUGAGGGACCAAUGCAUGGCCAUGGCACGGAUAGAAAGAGGCCUCCGCACGAUGCGUUUGCGCCUGGGCCAUUCAGACCGCAAGAAGGCGCUUUCGGAACGCCCAGGCCGCUGUCAACGAAUCACGCAACAUAA